AUGAGAAAUGAAGCGCAAUGCGCUGUACUGAUUGCUCUGGAUAGCUUCUGGGCGAUUGAAGAGGCGGAAUUGGUAGGUGAGCAGCUUAACGAUUGCCGAAUUUGUGUUUCGCUGUAUCGAUUUUGGCCUUGUGGGAGUCACGGACAGACCCGUGAUCGAACGGUUUGGUGGAGAGAAGUUACCGAGCCCACGCUCAUUCGUGCAACCCCACCGAAACGGCAAGUGAGAGUAGUCGCCAACCCGGGUUGUGAAGCUGAAUGUUCCCGGUUGAGUGACAGACCGGACGUCGUGUACAUUCGUUCCUGGGACCACAAUAGUUCUGUGCACUUUCUGCUAUUGGCGACUGGGAACGUGACACCAUCGCUACUUGCCUUGCACUCGUCCAGUCCGACCGCGCAGGUGUCGAUCAAUUGGAAUUCUCUGGCUUCAAGCGCUUCGAAGGUGGAACAAGCCAUCCAUCUGGAGCAAGUAACGCAGUCCUAUGGUUUGGCGUUCCUCAGUUUUGUGGAUUUCAAUUUAACAACCAAAGACGGCUUGCGAUCUUCGCCCAGUUUUGACCGGUCUCCAGGUUCGUUCCGUCCACAUUAUUUCGACAAAGGCACUUGGCGUCUUACGAAAAGCCCAGUGGGGAAUAGCAAGCGGAUUUCGGCCAUUUACCAGGCUUCUUUGGCCUCUCAUGCCCACAAUGGUUCCGUACAGAUCAAGGUGCUUCUGCGGGAUGAUCUCAAGUCGCUGGAUUUGGAGGUCACACUGGAUAACUUCACGACUGAGUACGCCCAUGGACAAUUCGGGUUGGAGGUUGUUCUGUCUUCCAACAUGAGCGUUGUUCCCGGUGAUGACUAUCUUCUGACAGAGAAAGCCGUCGCGGGUUCUGGACAUGUACGGACGGUUUAUUUGGAUCGAAGGUCCGAUUCGGGUCCAUGGCCGGUCAACGAUAGGUCACAGCCUGCCGGUUUCUUUCGAUCCGCAUGCCAUGCAUCCGCAGUAUCUUGUGAAGCUACACUUGACGUUUGGCGUCACAGUUUGACCAAGUCUCAAAAUCGAUGUCUCAGACGAACCCUGUUGCGCUAUUUCUACGGAGAGCGGAUGCAUCAGCAAUACACUGGCCUUGACUCGAUGACAUUGGUAAGGGAGCGUUGGUCACGUGCGAACAAGACAUUGCCACCCAUCGGCCUACGAGUGCAACGAAUCACUUUUCACACGUCAUCCAGUCACGAGGUCUGGCGCGGAACGUUCGGGUUCACCACAGAACUUCCACAGGGUGCCACGUUGACAAAACGACCGGAUCCAGUGAGUAACCAAACCCGUAUGAUGAAUACGGAGCGAUGGAUUUCAACUUCUAGUGCAGUCCAUCGUUUAGAUUCGUCUUUGUUGAGCCAGUCUCUGCUGGUUCCAGCGGGUUUGACUGUUUCAGGGCUGCUCACUUUCGCCUUGCUUAUCGUCGUGAUUGCGACUGCAUAUCAACGAUUUCUGUGUGGAGAAAAGCUUGGGGCGUUCAUUCCACCGGGAACUAUCCUGGACAAUGUACUUGCAUCCAAGGUGUAAUUGUACACAGUGCAUUUUAGCGGACAUAUUCCCCAUCUGUGCACCAUUAGCCCUGCUUUUUCAACCCUCUUUCAUGUCUGUGAACAAACAUUCAUUCAUUCAGUCGCACGAUUUUAUCCACUGGUUUUGUGGGAUGUUUUACAUUUAUGACCUUUUUAGUCUUUUUUGAAGAUAUAACAAAAUAUAACCUUUAAG